AUGGUGACUCUGAUCGUAGCCACCACCAGCGACCCGGCGUCGAUCAAUCCCGCGGCGGCGCUUCUCGCCAUGCCGGGAUGGACCACCGGGCCCGUCUUGCCGCCGGACAUAAAGAGCUUCACAAACCAGCAAACGAGAGUGAUUCAACACGAUAGAUCUAUAGUGAAAGAAGACGAUCUCGAUUUACGGUGGGAAGAAGCAACCGGUGAAGCUGUUGACGAAGUCAUCUUCCUCAGCCGUCACACCGCCGCCUCGAAUCGUCCUGCUCUAACUGUUCACCCGAUUGGAGUGCUUCAUCUGAAAGAGGGAGAAUCGCCGCCGCAAGGAGGAAAGCCGGGAUGGGCGGCGUUGCCAAACCCUAGGAUUGGUCCAUGGUUUCGUCUUUUGAAGAAAAUGGCUGAAGCUCGUAGCUUAGUUCCUGAGUUCGAGAUAACAUUGGAAGGUACUCAUCAUGGACCAAUAACUAGCAAGCCAACCAUGUUCUUGGAGAUUGGUAGUACAGAGGAAUACUGGAAGAGACAAGACGCGGCUCAAGUCAUGGCUCUUCUAAUGUGGGAAGGGCUUGGGUUAGGAGGCGGUGAAGCCAUUGGGGACUGGAACAGUGAAUCUGGAAAGAAGAAAGUUCUUCUAGGGAUUGGAGGUGGACAUUAUGCUCCUCGUCACAUGGAUGUCAUUUGGAAAGACGAUAUUUGGGUAGGACAUUUGCUUUCCGGAUACUCAUUACCAAUGGAAGAACCAAAACCUGGAGAGAGUUACAUUGGUGGGACUUGGAGAGAAUCAAUCAAAGCAGGAUUUGAAGCUACUAAAGCAUCAUUCCCCGGAGGAGAGAUCUUGGCUCAUCUUGAUCACAAGAGCUUCAAAGGAUGGCAAAAGAAGGCCAUAACAGAGUUUUUGGCAGAACAGAACAUCAAUGUUGGGAAGCCAAACGAUUUCACAUAA